UGGAUUAAGAACACUGAAGUGGAGAGCGUAUGGAAAAGAGGAGCGGCUCCUUUAAGAGCGGGGCGCGGGCAGCGCGUCUCACUGUCCGUCCACAAGUCCAACCAAUAAGGAGGAACGUGACAGAGUUUGGGCCAGAAGGGGUGUCUUACCUGCAGAAAAUCACUUCAAGAGGAACAGGCCAUUUUCCGCUUUCUACAAUUAAUACACACGUAUCAGACAGUUAACUAUUCACUUUAGAUAAUCACGAUGUGCUGAAGUUGCGUUUGCCAAAGCCAUGCGGUUUCCUUCUGUGCUGGUUAUCUGAGUAGUUUUUGCUCAAGGCAACUUAUCAACUCGUCACAAGGAAUUAACGGUUAGUAAGGAUACAUUAUUUUUUCCCCCCCGCUGUGAUCUUUUUCCAGGUUUCGAAAAUGAUUCAGACGAAAUGCGAGAAGUUGGUGGAUAAUUUAAACUGAAAGCCUUGUCCGGGGUGUCUGACAGAUGCGAUGGAUUCGCUCUGAUUUUUUUUACUUAGGCUACAGGCCAGUGAGUUUCUUCCAUCGAAUGGCUGCAGCGCACAUUUUUAGGGUUGCGAACAUUUCGAGGGAACACAUUUGCUAAAAAAUCCGCUUUAAACAUUGGGAAUUACGACCCGAAGUGAAGGAAUACGUCCAAACCGCGACGCUCGAUCACCGAGGCUUUUGCGUCCAUACUGACCGAAACCGCGAAGAUGGAGCACACGGGUAUCGAAGAGGUGAACCAAACUCACCAGCAGCACGAACCCAUCAGCUUCGGCAUCGACCAGAUCCUCAACAACACGGAGCAGCCGAGCAGCUGCAUGGUGCCGAGCCGCGCGGGAGACGCGGACUACCAGCUCGCGCCCAACGUGUACACCAACGGGUACGGCGGCGUGUACAGCCCGGCAUGCUCCAUGGCACCCGGCCUGGGAGGCUCAUACAACGUAAACAUGAACAUGAACGUAAGCAUGAACAUGAACGUAAAUGUCAGUUCGGGAAACGCGGGGGGCGUGAUACGUGUACCAGCUCACAGGCCCAUGCCUGCUGCACCUCACCCGCCUCCCUCUGCACAUCCACCAGGCAUCGCCGCUGGCUUGCCAACCGUGCCCAGCAUGGGCAGCCCGUCCACCUUCACCUUCCCCUGGAUGGAAAGCAGUAGGAGAUUUGCGAAAGACAGACUAACUGCUGCUCUCUCUCCGUUCUCGGUAACGCGGCGGAUCGGUCACCCGUACCAGAACCGCACGCCGCCCAAGCGGAAAAAGCCACGCACGUCGUUUAGUCGCGUGCAGAUCUGCGAGCUGGAGAAGCGCUUUCACCGCCAGAAGUAUUUGGCCUCCGCAGAGCGCGCGACACUCGCCAAAGCGCUCAAGAUGACGGACGCGCAAGUCAAGACCUGGUUCCAGAACCGCAGAACCAAAUGGAGGAGACAAACGGCUGAGGAAAGAGAGGCUGAGAGGCAGCAGGCGAACCGUUUAAUGCUUCAGCUCCAGCAGGAAGCUUUCCAGAAGACGCUGAGCCAACCACUCCAGCCUGACCCUCUUUGCCUCCACAACUCAUCUCUGUAUGCGCUGCAGAACCUCCAGCCAUGGGCCGAGGACAACAAGGUGACCUCCGUCACCUCUGUCGCUUCCGUGGUCUGACCCACACCUCCCCCAUUUGUAUUGGCUAAUGAGGAUUUUAUAGGCAGGGUUUAAUA